ACCCGGGCGAUUGCUUCACAGGUCCAAAUUCAGCAUGGCUGCCACACGAAGGUUGACUAAGGAAUUGAACGACAUACGAAAGUCCGGAAUCAAAGUUUUCCGUGAUAUAAGAGUAGACGAAACGAACAUUCUGCAAUGGCAAGGACUCAUAGUGCCCGAAUCUGCCCCUUACAAUAAAGGUGCAUUUAGAAUUGAGAUAACAUUUCCAGCAGAAUAUCCAUUUAAACCACCAAAGAUAACAUUCAAGACAAAGAUAUACCAUCCCAAUAUUGAUGAAAAAGGGCAGGUGUGCUUGCCAAUCAUUGGUGCUGAAAAUUGGAAACCUGCCACUAAAACGGAUCAAGUAAUUCAAGCGUUGGUAGCGUUGGUGCAAGACCCGGAGCCGGAACACCCGUUGCGUGCAGACCUAGCUGAGGAAUAUACUAAAGAUAGAAAGAAAUUUAUGAAGAAUGCUGAAGAGCAUACCAAAAAACACGCGGAGAAAAGACCUGCAGACUAACAGCAAUCACGAAUCACUUUUCACAGCUAUCUUGAUAAUGUAGAUUGUAAAAUUUCCCUUGGACAAUGAGAAUGGUGACAACUGGCCAGAAAUUAGCUAAUUUUUUUGUUCGAAACAAGACUUGUUUGUAUGGACAGGUUUAUGCCUUGACUACUUCCGAGAUCUCCAAAUCGGAUUCUCGGAGAGAAAGAACUGUAACUAGUUUUAGCGGGAUGCCGGAUUGAAAGCGAGGCAAAACUUCAGGACAAAAGUUCGUAAACCGAACUUGGAAGAUCCUAAAGGGAAAAUUACCCUCUUUUUUUCCUGUUCCACAAUAUCAGACGUCCUUAUACGCUAUAACCUUAUGCAAACCGGUCUGUUCUGAUCUUAGAGAUAACAAUAUUUUUUCAUGUUAGUUUUUUUUGCGUUAGUUAAUUCACCACAUUAGGUACUUACAGGUUGUCCCGAAAAAAAGUAGCUCUCUAUUAAAGUCAGAUCUUAAGUUGUGAACCUUAGAAGUUAUACUUUUAGGAACUUACAAUAGCUUAACGGCUGUACUAAGAUAUCAAUUUCGUCUUUACCGCCAAUUCGAGCACGAACGGUGCAAAUGACUACAGAACAACGGAUGUUUGUUGCAAAGCCAAAGGAAAAGUAACCUUGAAUUUUUUUGUGAAUUUUUUUGCCUAAUUUUCGCUGUGUUGUUAUUUCGCCCAUAAGGAAGAUAUGAUAUUCCGCCAUUCACUCCGUUCAAUAGCGAGACGUAUCGCAACCGAUCUGAUUUUAACGGAAGAUACCUUUUUGGGGGGACAGCCUGUAUAGCAAACCUUCAAAGUUUGUUUAGCAAACCUUCGAAAUUUGAAUACCUCAACACUUAAUAGAAUACUUGAUUUGUACAUUUCAGUAACUGGCCCGCGAGGAUCACAUUUUCCUAGAAAAGAAAUGAUUACGCAAUAUCAAACUCGGUGCCCAUGUUCAACUUCCAUCGCAACGUGUUUUUUCUCCGGGCGAGGUUGAGUUCUUCAAAUUUUCCAUGCUUUUGUUCUCAUUUAUGCAAAUAUUUGUACGUUUUUGUUUAUUUGUGUAAUGCCAUUGGCCAAUUAAAUUCGGAAUAGUAAAAUCUAUUUGAACACGAAAAUCUAAUUACGAAGACUGUUAGAGAAUUCUCUAUGAAGGAUGUGAACGUUCCUACAAGUACAAACCAUGUUUCUAUUAAAUAUGUUCACUCAACUACAAAUUUUGUCAUCCAGAUACGAAAUAUCUAAAAUAGGAGAACAAUGCUUUUCUCGAGCCAAUGGUUAUAUGAUGUAGACAAGGUAUAAACUUAUUAUUUGAAUACAAUUCACAAUACGUAUUGAUCAGUACAUAUUUGUCAGUUCUCAAAGCCCGUUUACGCUUGCAAUUUUUGCUGCAUUUUUCUUCCCAGUAGAUGCGAACGAACAAAUAGUAGGUUUCCCCCCCCGUGCCAAUACGUCAUCGGCAAGCGUGGUGACAUAAUGGACGGGGGGUAAAUGCUUUAAUGAAAGUGGCUGGUUACUAGUUUGAACUAGAAAUGACGUCUUUCUCUUCUGAGUGCUGCUCUACGAUAUAGUAUCUCUCCACUCGUUCAUAUGCAUCAAAAAGUGAAAAUCUAACUCAAAUUUGGUAGAAAUUUGCAAUUGCUAACGGGUCUCUAUAUAAUAUGCUUGAAUUGCUUGUAGUCUUUCGUGAUAUGACAUGUAAAUUAUGAUUGUGUGGAAUGCAAAGGUAGUGACUGUGCUUUUGAAGUAUUGGUACUCUAUAUGCAUGUUAUUAAAUAUAUUAG